AGUCAACAUGGAUUACGCAACUAUACUACCACGUUUAUACCGGCCAUACAGCGGAUGCGCUGUACGUGUACAUAGAGUCUACGUGUGAUGCACUAUACGGUAGUUGGUUCUUUGGUUUGCCGCAGUGUUUUGUGCUCAACUCGAAAAGUAAAAAGUUAGACGAAAAAAAAACCGAAAUGGACGAAGCGGUGAUCAUAGCUCCAACCAGCUUGCAACAAUACGCAGGUAUACCUUACGUAUACUACGGCCGCACGUGGGGGACUUUCUGCCUGGAGAACUUUGACAUCAACGCAGCUCUUGUUUUCUGUAAAAACCUUGGGUAUCAAGAUGUGGCUUAUAUUACCAGUAGUGAUAAUGGGCCAGCGGAGCCAAUACCCACGAUCAUUAAUACAGUCAGCUGUACCGGGGACGAGGAGUAUUUCACAGAAUGUCCUCAGAUUGAAUGGGCGUACCAAGGACAAUGCACUCGGGAGCGCAAUCCCAUUGUCGUCUGUCAGAUAGGAGAAAAAUCGACGUCUAUUGUGCAAACAAUACCUGGCUUUCCUGAAUAUGGUCGGGUAGAAGUAACAAUAACUGAGCACCGAUUUCGAGGAACCAUCUGCAAUGACACGAUGACUCAAGCUGUGGCCGACGUGGUCUGCCGGGACGCAGGUUUUUUACGAGGAGCGCGAAGGUUCUUUACCAUAGGAGAAGGGCAGACUUGGUACAUUUUUGAAAACGUAAGCUGCACUGGGGAUGAAGACAGUUUUACCGAUUGCAGGAGCCAUCUGGUCUCAGUUCAUGAAUCGAACUGCAAUCACAAUCAAGACAUGGGAGUCGAAUGUUUUGCAAAUGACAAUGAUCUGAUUUUCCUACUGAGUGGGGCAGGGUCGUAUGAGGGCGCUGUUGCUUAUCGAGAACGGGAUCGACGGGCGUUACUUUGUGACGGAAGUUGGACCAACCGAGAAGCAAGUGUGGUGUGUCGCAUGAUCGGGUAUGAAAGUGGAACUGUCGCCAGAGUGAUCGGUGUGAUACCAGAUACUUUCGAUGACGUCUUCCAGUGGGACGUCGUGUGUGCUGGCGAUGAGGAACGACUGGAAGACUGUACGGUGACCAAGAGAGAGACACCUACAACAUGUGCUCCUGGAAACAUUGCUCAAAUCAGAUGCGGACCAAAUGAGAAUGGAAACCUUCGGAUAACCGGAAGUGGCUAUACUGAACAAGGACGGGUAGAGAUCUAUCAAGAUGGACAGUGGGCCCAUGUCUGGCUGCUUUCGAUCUUCAUGGAUAAACGUUUCUACGACAGAAUUUGCAUUGACCUGGGAUAUGAAAAGUCGGUUUACCAAUACUUAGGAAUAGGACAGAUGCCUUUUGAAGCAGGAUCUGGUACCGCGGGACGUAUGUGUGAGUAUGUACCGUCAACCGGACGUGUCCACUGUCAAGCUCUUACAAAUCAGACAGGAGGCGGGGAGGAAUCACAAGUUGGCGUCGUUUGUAAGCCAUUUGAUAUUGUGGCAUACCAUCCCAUAAGACUAGUUGACAUGAAAACAGAUGAGGUCAAUAACAAAUCGGGCUAUGUAGAGAUGUAUCAUGAUGGCCAAUGGCGUGGUAUUUGUGAGAACAUUCUUCAUUCUGAUCUCGUAUGUUCUGAGUUUGGUCAUGCGGACCGCUCCCACGCCGCUGCUAUUGAUACAUCGGUGAUUGCUGACGGAAGUUCAGAGCUCUCCUCAGUCUGGUUCAGUUUUACAGAAACAACUUUUUGUGAUACACUCUAUGGAUGUCGGCACAGCGCUUGGGGACACCCCCUCAGUGAUUGUAACAAGCUGGCGGUUCAAUGCGUCGAAGUGGAAGGGAGAGCUUCGUCUUUGGAAAGCCUGACUCUUUCUGUCAUCCUCCUCGCGGUUGCAAUUGCAGUCGACCUCGGCUUCAUCCACGUGUAAAAGUUCAGGCCUUAUGCAUUUGACGUCAUAAUCUCAUAGCGCCCUCGCUGAGAGGAUAUAGGAAUACGCGUAAACGGAGUUGUCAGAGAUACGCCAGUGCAGAUCACCAAACACACGCAAGGCAAAGGACCUGACCGUUAAGAUGGCGCGAAGACGUCAAUGCAUAAUGUCUAGUUCAUCUAAGUAUUUCGGAUUUUACUUUCACGUGCCUCUUUGACAAGUUUAAAGGAGGAUUGUAACUAAUUCAAAACUCAUUAGAGUAAAAACAUACAUGUAUAUAAAAAAGGAGGGUUGUUGGGGGUACGUACGCAUCUUUAUGGUAGGGCUAAGUAGGCUUUAGGAAUAUAGUUUUAAAGGAUUUUCAAUUGAACGAAUCGCACUUACAAAACUAUAUUCAUGUGAAAAGGAGAAAAGAAGUUUAGGGAAGUACCGCGAUCAUGACUACGAUUCCGGUCACUUUGGCUGGAAUCAUGCUGGCGUCAGCGGGAUCUGAUUAAAUCUGACUAAAUACAGCCAGGGGAGCGUUCAUGAAAUGACUUGUCGGACGUUUUAUCCGACGAGUCCCAUUUUAUCCGACAAUUAACAUAAUAACCGUGCUUCUAAGUCAAUCAAAAGAAAGAAAAAUUUUGCAUUUCUGACAAGUUGUCGGACAAAUUAUGUUGAUGAAACGCUCUAAAGAUCACGCAAACGCAAGCAUGUUUUUAAUCAAAAUAAACAGAAUUGGGAGUCCACAAAAACAGAAAUAUGCUUAUUGAAAAACAUAUAUUAGCUUGACUAGUCAAAAUGGUCUAAAUCUGGUCAAAUUGACUCGAUUCUAGUAAACAUGAUCCGAUUCUAUCACAAUUACUACUUCAUUAUAGAGAAAAUUACAAAAUCCUACAAUGUAUAGCCUACUUCAUCAUUUCAUUGUUUUGGGUGUGAGAGAAGGAUGAUGUGGUAGGGGCGGGUUUUAGUCUAUAACGUCUAAGCCUCUAACAUGUCUAAGGAGUAACAUAGAAAAUAAUUAAAAGAGAGGGCUUUUGUAAUUAUGGGGCAUUAAUAUCAAUUAAUUUAACCAAAAUAAAAACAACACAUAUAGCAUGUGUAGAUAUUGUUUACUAGAAGGGCAUUACUACCAUUAAGUUGUGUCAAAUUACUUUGAAAAUCAACUUGAAUGUAUUAAUGUUGUAUUCCUGUUCAUUUCUAUAUAGGGAUGCUAAUAAUUUACCAGUUAUUGUAAAUAGUAGGCAUGUGAUGAUUUCAUGUCAUGUAUGACUAAAAAUUUAAGUUCUUGAAAUAAAAAUUAUCAAAUAUUACAAAUAUAUAUAUAUUUUUUUAAAGGAUGUUUUAUUGUAUUCUCCCAAAUCAAAAUACACAUUCACAUUCCAUAAGCAAGUUGUACAAACUAUUUGAAACAUGAUGAUAAAUUAUACAAUAAAUCCAUAACAAGUAUAAUUAUACAAAUUAUACAUCAAAUUUCAAAGAUACUGGAAAUUAAUACUAAUGCGUUUUAGCAAUUACAAAAUGAAAUAUUAACAAGAUGUAUGAAAUGAUAAGAGAGAAAAAAAAAGAAAGAUAAAAAGUGAUGUUCUACAUCCCAUUCCCCCGUCCCCGGGUAAGGAGUACCCUUCCCUUUAUGCCUAUACUCUACAUGGAAGGGACUCCAAUUCUCCGUAUUGUUUUUUGUUUUUUCUGUGUUUUUGUUUAUUUUGUUUUGUUUUGUGGUUUUGUCUCUCGUUGUAUAUAUACCUUUGCCUGACUCUCCCAAUAUAUUCUUUUAAUUAAGAUUUUCCCAUUUCCUUAAAUAAAGAGACAUCUUACCUCUACCUAGCGCCAGCCUUCUUUCUUCCCAUUCUUCUUCUUUAAAUUUCCUUUUAAUUUCAUCCAUGGUUAUAAGUGCACCCUUUUCCCUCCCUUUGAAGAUUAAAAAUUUAACAAAGAUUACAAAAUGAUUGACUACACGUUCCUUUCCUUCGUCCUUUAAUUCUACACCUACAAGAAUUUCCUCCCAGCUUAAAUUACCCGUAGAAAUAAAACCAAACAUCUCCUUACAAUUAUCCCAAACCAAACAAGCAUAUUCACAUUCCAAAAAUAGAUGGCGAUAUGUUUCUUCCUCUUUUUUACAAUAACAACAAAGAUUAUUUUGUGAGAUUUUAAAACGGAACAAGUGAUGAUUUGUAUAAGCAAUGCCGUGCAACAUUUUAAACUAAAACUCUCUUAAUAUACUGUUCAGAGUACAUUGUCUUGGUCUCUUAAAAACGUGUUCAAUCUUUUCAUAAGAAAAACUACAUUUGUUUUUUAACUUUCGAAAACAUCAGGUAUUGCGAAGUUACAUUUCAUAAAAUUUGCAUAAACGUUUUUGGAUACUAACUCCUCUAUUGACAAAAUUCUUUUUCCAGAUAUAAAUUAUAUUUCUUCCCUAAGAGAAGCCUCUUUGCUAUCUAUUUUCAUAUUUCGUUUCCAGCUGACUGGAAUAGUUUCAUAAAUAUAAAGUGCCUAUUCGAUGUUACAUGUAUUAUGGACGUAUAAUUCUUGCUAAAAUCUUUCAAUUUAUCGCAUGAAGAAUUGUUAUUCUUCUUAUUUUCUCUCUUCGAAGCCCUCACAGUGUUGGGAACUCUUUGUAGGAAGUCCUAUUAAACUACAAGUUCUUGCUUUUGGGGGCUCCCUAACCAAUUUUACUUUGUUGUAUGUUCUGUUGUAUUGUAUCUCGAAUACUGACUAUCAUUGUCUAUUCCCCCCCAAA